UGGGCGGAGCCAGGGUAGCUGGGUGGCUGGGUGGCUGGGUGGCUAAGGGACUCUACUUCUACUCAUACUUCUACUGGAGAAGCAAAGAGACUGACAUGGAGCAGAGGAAGGGUCUGGCUGGCCUCUUCCUGGUGAUCUCUCUUCUUCAAGGCACUGUAGCCCAGUCAAAUCAAGCAAAGAAGUUGGUACAAGUGGAUGACAGCCGAGGAGACGGCUCUGUACUUCUGACGUGUGGCUUGAGUGGCAAGACUAUCAUGUGGCUUAAAGAUGGGAACAGAAUAAGUCUUCCAAAUGCAACUAAAAACACUUGGAAUCUGGGCAACAAUGCCAAAGACCCUCGAGGCACAUAUCAGUGUCAAGGAGCAAAGGAGAAGUCAACGCCCCUACAAGUGUAUUACAGAAUGUGUGAGAACUGCAUUGAGCUAAAUAUAGGUACCGUAUCCGGCUUUAUCUUCGCUGAAAUCAUCAGCAUCUUCUUCCUCGCUGUUGGUGUAUACUUCAUUGCUGGACAGGAUGGAGUCCGUCAGUCAAGAGCUUCAGACAAGCAGACUCUGUUGCAAAAUGAACAGCUCUACCAGCCCCUCAAGGACCGGGAAUAUGACCAGUACAGCCAUCUCCAAGGAAACCAACUGAGGAAGAAGUGAACUCAGCAGGUCUCAGAGUGUUCUCCCUUCUAUUCAGAAUCAAAGCAAUGCAUUUUGGAGAGACCCCAGUAGAGAGAUUUUCAACCCUACAGUUAGACUGCAAGCAGAGAGGAAGAACUGUCAGAGAAAUUUUGGUCUUUUUUUCAAAAUAAAAUAAAAGCUUGGGGGAGCCAGUGGCAUGACUCAGAAGCCGAGCACUUGUCAAGCUUGCUUGAGGCUCUAGGUGAGCUUCUCAGCACCCCCCACCCAGACCCCCCCAAAAACAGUGAAGGAAAACCAGCACAUCAUAGUGUCUGCAGAGUGCCCCCUACUGGGAAAAUUGUAAAUGAUUAAAAUUAAAAAAGAUCAAGAAUAACCUA